UUAAGGAACUUAACAUUUAAUUCUGAAGCAACUUUCGUUUUAUUGCCAAAGUUAAAAGGAAACAAGUAGGCACCCUUGGUGUCAGACCUUUACUAAUACAUUGAACUGGGGCUUGUUGAAUUGAAGGCAAUGAUAAUGGGUGACUGGAGCAGAUCAUUGCCCUGUUGCCUCUGUGUAAUUGCAUGUUGUUGGCUCACUACCUGUGCGGACGUGUCAUGUAAGAAUGAAAAGGGGGCUUCUGUGGACUGGUUUAUUUUGUAUAAACUACCCAACGAUAAGAAAGGAAGUGGAUUGAAAUAUUUGUACAUGGAUGAAAGCAGUAAUGGUUGGAUAUUCGGGAAGAACAACAUAAAUGACUCAGGCAGUGCAGUAGCACAGACACUGGAGCCUCUCUUUAAAUAUGUUGAGAGAAAGACUGAAGGCUUUGGGUAUCUCUUGUACAACGAUCAGCCCCCAACGAAUAAAGUACCUGCCUCAUCAUUCGGACAUAGCAAAGGAGUGAUUCUCCUGGACAGACAGACAGGAGUGUGGUUGGCUCAUAGUACACCAAGGUUUCCAGGAACAAAGAGGACGUCCUUCUGGCCUGAAAAUGGCAUUUAUUUUGGACAGGCCUUCCUCUGCGUAACAUACCCUUACAAGUUAUUCAAUGACAUUGCCAAACAACUUCAAUACAUUCACAUAUUUUCAUUUGAUUAUGCCAUUCCCCAAACAUUCCCAUUAGACCUGCAGUGUGUGGCCCAAAGAACAUGCUACCCAAAAAAGGCACCAUGGGACAGAAAGCUAGAAAUGACAUCUCUAGCAGGAAGCACAUUUGUCAGUUUUGCAAAGUAUGCCAGAUACGGAGAUGAUCUGUACUCCGGACUGCUUGUUGAACCCUUGGGUGAUGAUCUUCUCGCUAAAGGCUGGGGGCGCCUGCACAACCCCCUGCCAUCGAACUGCUCCGUGAAGCACAAUGUGUACAAUGUGAAAUCGGUGAAACUGCCUGUCAUCCCACCGUUCAACAUCACGUCUGACCAUUCGAAGUGGUGCGUCACUAUGGGCAAAAAAACAGGCAUCUGGACGUGCAUUGCAGACAUGAACAGAGAAAUCAGUCAGAUGCGUAGAGGGGGUGGGGCCGUGUGCACAAGCAACACUGCUGUGUGGAAGGCAUUCAGUAAGAUGGUCGACCGCUAUGAAAAAUGCCCUUAAAGCAAACAGCUCUCGUUCCUCUCCUGCCCACUGUGUAGCUCAAUCCAAUGUAUGUGCAUUCCUGCUUUACUGGAUCAAGGACCUUGUUGAAAGGCCAUUCAGUAUAUAUUCACAGUUUUGGUUUUAGCUGUUGGAAUACAAGCUUGCAAACCCUAUCUAAUAAAAAGACUGUAUUAGUAUUCUUUCUCCAGGCAUAUUUCAAGCUCAGAGACAUUCGUAACACUUCAUUGUCAGUUUUUAAAAAUGAGGAAUUUAUUUAAAGAUGAACAGUGUACAAGGAGCUACAUUAUUUCCUAUACAGAGCACAGUUUAGGGAAAUGGGUUGAUUUGAUUAACUUCUCCUCCACUGGGAAAAGCUGGGGUUUUUAGAGCAGUUUGCAGUACAGAGGAAUCCAACUGGAUGGCAUCAAGCACUUAUUUUUAGAUGUAUUCCCGAGAUAACCACAGGUAGGUGGUUGAUGUGAACCAGGAGGAUUCCCUAGUGCUGUAUAAUGCUCUAAAUAAAUCCAGCUGUGGUUUAUCCUGGCAGGGUAUAGGUGGGUCAAGUCAAACUCUUAGGGCCCUAUUUUGAAGCAAGGGUAAAAUUGCAGGUUGUUUUAAUAAAAUCUUUUUAAAAAUAAAAAAAAAACUACACAGAACAAUUGAACUACACUUUCCUUCUGCUGAGUUUUAAUAAUUUCAGAAAGCUCCAUUUACCAAAAACAAAUCUGCACACACUGUUUAAUUUAACACGAAAAGCUGUACACUAUGUAUAACAGAAUAUAAUAAAUACACAAUACUGCAAAAAAAAAGGUGAGCCCACUGUUGUUUUCAUAUCAGGCUUUAAUAAUAAAAUCCAAUGUGCAUUUUAACUCUA